AAUUUGAACAUUGACUAUAUCAUAACCACUCGUUCCUUCAAGCUAGUUGAGUACAGUUUAUCAAUAACAGAGGGCUGUCGGAAGACUCAAGUUGACGACGAACCAUCAAGGAAAAUAUGUUCACCUCAAGGCCAUCAUUCAAAAAAUAGCUUAUCACUUUUAUUUCCAUUGCACUGUACCCAAUCAAAGGCAUAAGCUUCACUUGAAAAUACUCACUUUCAUUCAUCCACUUCCUUUUCUGUUCUUACCAUGGCAUCAGAAAUGGUUAUCGGUGUUCUUGUUUCUACUUUCGUUCAGAGAACUAUCGACACUUUGGCUGCCCGUCUUGUCCACAUAUUUCGUCAAAGAAAACACAAGAAGCAACUCAACAACUUGAAGAUGAAGCUCCUUGCCAUUGAUGUUGUGGCUCUUGAUGCAGAACAAAAGCAGUUCAAAGAUCCACGCGUCAGAGACUGGCUUCUCAGAGCCAAAGAUGCUGUGUUUGAUGCAGAGGAUCUCUUGGAUGAGAUAGAUUAUGAACUCUCCAAAAGCCAGGCGGAAGCUGAGUCUCAGAGUGCUACUAACAAGGUGUGGAAUUCCCUGAAUUCUUCUUUUGUCAGUUUCUUUGAAAUAGAAAUUGAAUCCAAGAUGGAACAAGUCAUUGAGGACCUAGAAGAUCUUGCAAACGAAAGCUAUAUUCUAGGUUUGGAAAAGAGUGCUGGUGUUGGGGUUGGAUCAAGAUCGGGUAGUAAAUUAACAUAUACAUCUUUGCCAAAUGAAAGUGUUAUCUAUGGCAGAGAUGAUGACAAAGAAUCUAUCUUUAACUGGCUCACUUCUGAACUUACAUCCGACACUGACAUCAACCUAUCUAUACUUUCUAUUGUGGGUAUGGGUGGAUUGGGUAAAACCUCACUUGCCCAACAUGUAUUCAAUGACCCAAGGAUUGAAGGUAAAUUUCAUAUCAAAGCUUGGGUAAGUGUCCCACAAGAAUUUGAUGUUCUCAAUGUAUCAAAAGCAAUUCUUGAGGGUGUUUCAACAUCACCUGUUGAUAGUACAAAUCUUGAGGGAGUUCACAAAAAAUUGAAAGAAAAAUUGACGGGGAAGAAAUUUCUUCUUGUUUUGGAUGACAAUUGGAACGAAAACAAAUCCAAAUGGGAACAAGUGCAGAAAGCUCUUGAGUUUGGGGCCCCAGGAAGUAGGCUUCUUGUCACUACACGAAGUGAGAAGGUUGUUGUUACCAUGCGAUCAGAAAAGCACCUCCUACAAGUACUAAGAAAAGAUUAUUGUUGGGACUUAUUCGCAAAACAUGCAUUCAAUUCUCAACUAGAUCCAGAUUUCGUGGAGAUUGGUAAGAAGAUAGUUGAGAAAUGUAAUGGGCUUCCUUUAGCCUUGAAAACAAUGGGAAGUCUAUUAUACAAUAAGGCAUCCCUUGGCGAAUGGGAAAGCAUUAUGAAAAGUGAGAUGUGGGAUUUUUCAGAAAAUGAAAGUGACAUACUCCCUGCUUUAAAACUGAGUUAUCUCCACCUUCCUUCUCAUCUAAAGAAAUGUUUUGCUUCUUGUGCCUUAUUUCCCAAGGGUUGUGUGUUUGACAAGCAGUGUAUAAUUCAACUGUGGAUGGCUGAAAAUUUUCUGGAAAGCCCUACGACGAAGAGUCCUAAAGAAGUUGGUGAACAGUAUUUCAACGAUCUAUUAUCAUGGUCUUUCUUUCAACAAUCAAACAAGGAAGAGGAAAAUGCUUUUAUCAUGCAUGACCUUUUUAUUGAUUUAGCAAAAUACCUUUGUCAAGACAUUUGCAUCAGGUUAGGAGUCGAUGAACCCCAAGGAAUACACAAAAGAACUCGUCAUUUUUCAUUUGCAACCGAUCUUAUUCGAAUUUUUGAUGGGUUUGGAAAUUUGAUUGACUAUCGAAAGUUGCAUACAUUUGUACAAAAAAGGUGGAGAAGGUAUCCUCCUCCUAGGUCCUUUUGGCGGUGCAAUACGUCGAUAGAUGACUUGUUUUCAAAAUUCAAGUACAUACGCGUCUUAUCACUGAAGGACCUUAUGUUUACAGAGGUGCCUAAAUCUAUUGGAAAUCUUAAGCAUCUUCGUUCAUUAGAUCUCUCUAAUACUGCAAUAGAAGAACUACCCGACUCUAUAGGUUUACUCUACAAGUUGCAAACACUGAAGCUAAACCGUUGUGAAAGAUUAAAGGAGCUUCCUUCAUGUUUUCUUCAACUCGACAAAUUGUGUUUCCUAGAACUAUUAAAUACUGAAGUGAAAAAUGUGCAUAUUUUGGGAGAGCUGAAGAAUCUCCAAGUAUUGAUGAAUUCGUUUUGUGUUGACAUACAUAAGGAACUCAGUAUUCAACAAUUGGGACAAAUCAAUCUUCACGGAAGUUUAUCCAUUAGUGGGCUGCAAAAUAUUGAGGAUCCCUCUCAUGCAUCAGAAGCAUACCUGAAGAACAAACCACACCUUGUGGAGUUAGAGUUCAAUUGGAAUUGGAGUUUCAGCUCCUCUGUUGAUUCAAGUGACAGUUCCUCUGAUGAUUCAACAAAAGAUAAGGAUGUAAUUGAGAAUCUACAACCCUCAAAACACUUGAAGAAGUUGUCAAUAAGUAGCUAUAUGGGUAAACAAUUUCCAAAUUGGUUAUUUGAUAAUUCAUUACCAAAUCUGGUGUCCUUAGUGUUGAAGGACUGUGAAUACUGCGAACGUUUACCUCCCCUUGGACUUUUGCCAUCUCUUAAGGACUUGAGAAUUGAAAAACUUCAUGGGAUAGUGAGUAUUGAUGCUGAUUUUUAUGGGAACAAUUCUUCUUCCUUUAAAUCCCUUGAGAAAUUAUAUUUCUUCGAUAUGAAAGAAUGGGAAAAAUGGGAAUGUAAAGUUGUGACAGGUGCUUUUCCACGUCUACAAAAGCUAUGCAUAAAGGGUUGUCCCAAGCUGCAAGGACAGCUGCCAGAGCUACUUGUUCGUUUGGAAAAACUAAUCAUUAGAGACUGCGAAAAACUUGAGGCUGUCGCUCCCAGGGCUCUAGAUAUAAAACUGAAAGAAAGUGCAAAGGUGUUGUUUGAUUGGGCUACAGUGAAAAGCCUCGAAUUGACUGGGUACAUCAUGGAAGCAUCAUUCUUGGAUAUGGUUCAGAAAAACAUACCUGACAAUUCUAUUCAACGCUUGGAGAUUUAUGGAUCCAGUUUUAGUCCUCCUCCAAAUAUUGGUCUGUGGACCUUUCCACUACAUUUCUUCCCGACACUAAAGACGCUUGUUCUCUGGCGGUUAAAUAGUUUACAGAUGAUUUCUCAAAAUCACGCACUGGAGUGUCUGGAUAUCAGUCGGUGCCCUAAAAUUGAAUCAUUGCCUGAAAACAGGGAUAUGCUCAAGAGUUUAUACAUUGAGGAUUGUCCAAUACUUAAGCCUUUCAAUAAGGGAGGUUUAGCAUCAAAUCUAGAAGAGAUGACACUCAGGAAAUGCUCUAGACUUGUUGGCUCACUGAAAGGAGCUUUCGGAGACAAUCCGUCUUUGAAAACGUUACAUAUUGAUUAUCUGGAUGCCGAAUGUUUUCCUGAUGAAGGUUUGCUUCCACUCUCUCUUACUAAACUAGUCAUCCGUAAUUUUCCAAAUCUACAAAAACUGGACUACAGGGUUCUCAAUCAACUCUCAUCUCUUAAAAGUCUAACCCUUUGGAACUGCCCCAAGCUUCAACCCUUACCAGAGGAGGGUCUUCCUAUAUCAAUUUCAGAUCAUUCUAAAGUUUUAUGUUCAUUGUCGGAAGCCCGUAUCAUGGAAAUGUUCCCGAGAUAGGAGAAUUUGAAGGAGGACGUGAUUAAGCAGUAGAAUGAGGUUAUUGAACAGUACAACAACGUUGUUCACCAAGAAGAUGAUGAAGUGGUUAGAGAUCUUGUUGUUUUCAAUUACAGUCUGAAGUUUUUUAUCAUGUUAGAACUUUUAAUCAAUCUUACAAUAUUUCUUAAACAAUAUUAUGUAAUUAUUUUUAUAUUUAAUUGUAAUUAUUAACAAAUGUAUUUUAUUUUAAAUUAUUAAUAAAAUUAAUUUUAGUUAA